AGAAGUGCCACCAGAAUUCCCCAUCGUCUUUCCUCGCCGCCGGCAGGCACGGAUACCUUCCUCCCCGACUCCUCGCCGUACUCUCCUCAGUCCGUCCGACCGACCCACCCACCGCAGCUCGACCUGCUGCUGCCGGUGUACCUCUUCUCCUCCGCGGCGACGGGCGACCACCCCAACCCCUCCGCCUUUCACGGGCCGCCAUCACCGUUCCCCUUCCCGUCGCCGUUCGAUCUCCCUGCUCGGUAAUUCCGGCAACUGGUUUCUGAGUUUACAAUGGGGAACAUGCUCACCGUCAUGCUUGGAACAACUGCAGUGGUGGAUCAUUGCCAUCCAAGGCAACUCCACCCAGGAGGCAGCAGCAGGAUAGCAGGCCAUCAGUUUGAACCGCUGAGCAUCCUGGCUUUCAGGGCUAUAUCUGAGCACAUAGGACGUAGUGAAGCGUUCUGUCGAAAGCAGAUAUUGAAUGGCCGGUUUCAACUGCUGACCAUUCUGGUUUGCGGAGCAAUCCGUUUUGAGGGAAUUACAGCAAACGAUCCGUUCAAACUGUGUGGCAUUCUCAUCUGUGGAGUUUUGUCUGACUACAUCCGUCAUGACGCAGAGGAACCAGCGACUGAUCUGCUUGGAGACCUUCCAGAGUUCGGAAUGGGGAACAUCCUCAACUUCACAACUACAGUGGCCGAUCAUUGCCAUCCAAGGCAACUCCGCAUAGGCAGCGGAACAGUAAGCCGUCAGCUCGAACCGUUGAGCAUUCUGGCUUUCAGAGCUUUAUGCAAGCACAUUCAACGGCAUGAAGCAUUCCAUCGAAAGCGGAUAGCCAACGGCCAGUUUCAACUGCUGAGCAUUCUGCUUUGCGGAGUAAUCCAUGCCAAGGGAAUAAUAGGGAACGAUCGAUGUAAACUGUGCUGCAUUCUCAUCUGUGGAGUUAUAUCAGACUACAUCCAUCACGGACCAAUUGAUGCACAUGAAUCAGCAAUUGAUCUGUUUGGAGACCUUCCAGAGGGCGUGCUGUGCACAAUUUUUUCAAAGUUGUCUCUGAAAGAGGCUGUAAGAACCAGUGCCGUGUCAAGGAAAUGGAGAUACUUGUGGACAGUUUGUCCUAAACUGAGUUUUGACGGAAGUACAAUAUGUGGCAACAACAGAUAUGGGAAACAAGUAUAUGCUCUAGCGUUCAUUCGCAUUGUUAAUAGGGUCUUGGCACAGUGCCGUGGCAAGUUGUUUGAAGAGCUUGCGAUCAAAAUUGAUUUGAACAGGAUGUUUGUUGAACACCUCAAUAAUUGGGUUCGUUUUGCUGUAUCAUCAAGUGCAAAGACAUUAGUUUUUGAUUUAGCACCACAAGAGCAUCAACUUCCAGGUCGUGAUGGUCAGUACAAAUUCCCAUUUGAGCUUUUAGACAAGGACAGUGUACACCGUCUACAGAAAAUUCAUCUUAGCUUUGUAGAUUUCCAGCCACCAAUGCAGUUUAGUGGCUUCCCUAACCUACGGAAGCUUGACUUAAACUUAGUGAAUGUCAAUGGGAAGGAUAUUCCACAUAUGUUGUCAAACUGCUGUAAUCUAGAGUGGCUGAGUAUGGUUAGAUGCCAUCUCAAUGGUGAACUAAAGGUUAAUGGCCCGCUGCCUCAUCUACUGCACUUGAAACUUGUGUACUGCGAUGUAACAAGUAUAGCAUUCGAUACGGUGAAUCUUGCAACUUUUAUAUACAAAGGAAGGAAGGUGCCUAUUGACCUCAAUAAAUCAUUAGAACUGGUAUGUGCAGAUAUAUGGUUUUCUACAGUCACUUUUGAGCGCGCCAUUACUUUACUUGGUAAAGUGCUUAAAAAUGUGCAACAUCUAACCCUCGAUAUGGACUGUAAACCACCAGAGAUUCCCCGUUUGAUGCAUUACCGAUGCAUGUUUUCUAAAAUGACAUAUUUGCAAUUGAGGUUGGUCUAUGUCGAAGGAUUGGAUGUCUUAUCCUUGGUCUCUUUUCUGAGGUCUGCUCCUUUCAUUGAGAAGUUAGAGCUGCACUUUUGUUUCCCUGGUUAUAUCCAUUUGGUACAAGAACCUGAAUCUAUCAGGAAGCUACCGGAGUGUCUGUUCAACAACUUGAAGAGUUUGCAUGUUACAGGAUUUAAAGCAUGCACUGGCCAAGUUGAGUUCCUUAUGCAUAUGGUGGAAAAUGCCCCUGCAUUGGAAGGUUUAACUAUAGAUCAAUCAGAAAAAUAUCUCCUAGAAGGUCAUAAAAAGGAUGCGAAAACGGUUAUUGACCUGGUCCAUAGAACUGCUAAAAAGUAUCUUGAAGGGAAGAUUUCGCCCAGGUGCAUCUUAAUGUUACUUUAACAAAUCUGUUGACAUUGGGAUGCACAGUGCAUAUCUAGCUAGGGGCUGGAAAAUCCAAUGCGUCGGCAAGUUGCCGCUAUGUAUUCUUGUGCACGGUCCAUUAUAUUGAAUAAACAUACUUCCCUUUUGCAUAAAUCUGCACACUGUUAGCGCUUCUCUACAGUACUCCCUGUGUACAACUCUAUUUAAACCUCCUGAGGUUCACGCUUUCA